GGAAGCUUAAUCGCGCGCUGCACAGGAUCGAUCAGCAGCUCAGAUAUUUUAAGACAUUGACACAUUUUAAAAUAAGAACCAUGGCUUUAAGACGAGCGCUGCAUUUUGUCUUCAAAGUUGGCGACAGGACCAAAACAGCCACGUUUUACCGAGAUGUUCUGGGCAUGAAGGUGUUACGCCAUGAGGAGUUUGAGGAAGGCUGCAAAGCAACUUGCAAUGGGCCCUACGAUGGGAAGUGGAGCAAGACAAUGGUUGGCUUUGGUCCAGAGGAUGACCAUUUUGUAGCUGAACUGACAUACAACUAUGGGGUGGGAGAGUAUCAGCUUGGCAAUGACUUCCUGGGCCUCACUGUGCAGUCGAGCCAGGCUGUCAGCAACGCCCAACGUCUGGGGUGGCCUCUCACGGAGGUGGGAGAGGCUCUGUAUCUGACCAAGGCUCCAGGAGGGUAUCACUUCUACCUGCUGGACAAAGAGCAGCCUCCUAAUGACCCUGUGCUGAAGGUGAGUCUCGGAGUAUCAGACCUCCAGAGGUCAACACACUACUGGACCUCGCUCUUAGGAAUGAAAGUGAUGGACAAGAAUGAGGAAAAGAAAACGGUGCUCAUGGGAUUCACAGACACACAAUGCAAACUAGAGCUUCGUGAUAUCAGUGGAACGGUAGAUCAUGGAACAGCGUUUGGGAGGAUAGCAUUUUCAUGCCCACGGGAGCAACUGCCUGACAUUGAAGCCUUGAUGAAAAAAGAAAAUCAGAAAAUUCUCACUCCACUUGUCAGCCUGGACACUCCGGGAAAAGCCACAGUAGAAGUGGUGAUCUUGGCUGAUCCAGACAGUCAUGAGAUUUGCUUUGUGGGAGAUGAGGCAUUCAGGCAACUUUCCACGGUGGACCCCAAAGGAAGUGACCUCCUCGACAAGGCGAUGGCUGAAGAUAAAAGUGAUGAGUGGUUUGCCAAGCACAACAGACAGAAAGCUGCAGCGUGAGAUAAACGACACGGUGCAUCGUCAAAUGUCUCACCAGUUCAUACGAUGAAAAGAUGCUGCACAAGGCUCUUGUAGCUUGUAACUUCUUGUCAUGUCAACUUAAGAAUCCAGAGGCUGGCAGUGUGCGAUUUUUUUUUCCUGUUAAAGAAUACCACGAAGACAACAUUUCGGUUUGAUGGACUUUUUUCUAAUAAUUGGUGUUGCUAUCCAUAAUGCAGAGAGUUGCUAAAGCACUUAUUUAAUGGAACUUAUGUAACUAAAUUGAUUAUUAGUUGCCCUCUGCACCACCACUCAGUACUCCUGUUAGCUGGAGUAGUAUUCUCUGACACUCUAGUAGAUUAAAAAUAAUUUAACUAAAAUGGUAACUGUGUAUGUGUAUUUGUUUUUACAGGGCCGUAACACAGUCCUUACUGUUGUCAUUGUACCUUUUCCGUGUAUUUGCAGCUAAUCAAAUGACCAAAACACACUUACAUGCAGUGUAGCAGGAAUUUUUUUGAGGUCUGGGGCAGUUGUGUGUGAACACUACAUUAUUCUCUGAGUUAACUGGCUAUAUACACUCAUUCAUUCAGUAUCGUGAAGCUGCAAUGGUUUAGUCAUGUGGUUGAGUUACAUUGAAUCUAUGUAAAAUCAAAUAAUGUCUCAUCUGUUGGAAAUAAACCAUCUCAAAAUGUUUUGAUGGAGGAUUGCGGAUUGUGGUGGUGGCUGAUCAUGGUCUUCGAUUGAUGACUCAUAUAUUCUUCAUCACUGAACAUUUGUCAUCGCUGCUUCCUUCAUCUCUAUCAGACAUUUUCUUAUGUACAAACACUUGAAACAUUGACACAUUUCUCCAUCAUGUUACAAACUGUUUCUUCUAAUCACUGUUGAAAAUACUGUUAUUGUGUUGAUGUGUGGCAUCAGUUGCACAUGUGUCUCUCCUGGGAGAGGGAUCCCUCACAUGUGGUUCUCUCUGCAGUCAAGUGAGCAGACGUUCGUCUUUUCGUGGUCAAGCGAGCAGACGUUCGUCUUUUCCU